CUUAAACUUUACACCAAAGUGAAAAACAGUAAAAAACAAUUUUUGUCAAUUUAAGCUGUCUGUGAAAUAAAUAUAUCGUUGUGCUUGGACUGUUUCAACAAAUUAUUUUGUCGUGUUUUUGGAUUAUUGCAAGAAGCCUAUUCCCUGAGCGAAUCCAUCACAUCUUUUAAUGAUAAGGACAACCAAAAGCCAACAGAGAAAAAGAUGGUCUGCUCGCAUCCAUUGCAAAACUCACAGCGUAUAAAGUGACUUUAGUGUUGUACAAGAAACAAAUUCUUUGGUUGAAGAUGGUAAAGCCUACUACCGAGUGUUAUCCGGGUUAAAUCAGCAGGCCGAUUCAAUUGCCGAAGGCGUAGGAAGUGGUAGAUGCGGUCUCGAACAGUUUCAUAAGCGGAAGGCUAUUCUCCGUCAUCAUGUGGAAGAUAAAAUAAUUGCAUUCAAGAUUCUGCAUCGCUCGUCUGAAAUGCUUUGAAGCAGAGCAAUUAUUUAGAGAUAAAAUAAGACAAUCAAGAUGGCAUCAUCGCACAAGUUCCUGCUGCUCCUCCUGCGGAUAGCUGGCCUGUGGCUGGUGAAUGCAGCAGGGCCGAUCCGCGAACAAAAGUUCGCGAUGGAGCCUCAAGAUCAAACGGCUGUGGAAGGGUCGAGAGUGACGCUGCCCUGCAGAGUAAUCGACAAGAGUGGAAUCCUGCAGUGGACCAAGGACGAUUUCGGCUUGGGCACGCACAGGAAUCUCAGCGGAUUUGAUCGGUACUCCAUGAUUGGUAGUGAUGAAGAAGGCGACUAUUCCCUGGACAUCUACCCCGUGACGUUGGACGACGACGCCAAAUACCAAUGCCAAGUGUCUCCCGGUCCCCAGGGCCAGCCGGGAAUUCGCAGCCAUUACGCGACGGUGACUGUGCUCGUGCCCCCCGAUCCGCCCAAGAUCGUGCAGGGGGAUUACCUGGUCACGACGGAAGACAGGGAAAUAGAACUGGAGUGCAUAAGUCACGGCGGGAAGCCGGCGGCGGAAAUAACCUGGAUUGAUGGCCUGGGAAACGUCCUAACAGACGGAAUUGAAUAUAUCGUCGAGGAGCUAUCGGACGGAAGAAGAUUCACGGCCAAGUCAAUACUGAAAUUGACGCCCAGAAAGGACCAUCACAACACUACCUUCACUUGCCAAGCCCAGAAUACGGCCGAAAGGACGCACAGAUCCGCCAAAUUGAAACUGGAGGUAAAAUAUGCGCCGAAAGUCACGGUCUCUAUUCUGGCGGGAGCAACACAGAGCGGAAGGAUUCCUGAGGGGGCGGAGGUCAGACUGGGGUGUCAUGCGGAUGCUAACCCUGCAGACGUCACCUACAGGUGGUUCUUGAACGAUGAACCGUUAAUUGGGGGAUAUACCACCGAGAUGGUUAUUCACAACGCGACGAGAAAAUAUCACGACGCUAUUGUCAAAUGCGAAGUGCACAAUGCAGUUGGCAAGAGCGAAGAAAGCGAAACGCUGGAUAUUAGCUACGGUCCCCAGUUCCGAACAAAGCCGCGUUCGGUCCAAGCCGACCUCGGCACAAGCGUAACUCUGAGCUGCGAUGUGGACGGUAAUCCCCUUCCGGAGAUAUCGUGGUACGACGAAAAGCACAAACGAAUCAUUCACAACAGCCCCAAUUUAACUUUGCGAGUCGAUCAAGAGACGGCAGGAAGGUAUUUUUGUAAGGCCCACGUACCCGGAUUUCCUGAAAUCGGUGCGGAUGCAACAAUUUACCUCAAAGGUCCUCCGUCUAUAGUUAGCCACCGCACCCAAUUCGGCAUCGAAGGCGAUAAUGUUCGAGUCGAGUGUACGAUAUUUUCCAUACCGCUGCCAGAGCGAAUCGUUUGGACAUUUAACGGACGAGAAAUCGACAUUCAUGACCAAGAUUAUACGAUAUUGGAAGAUCCUUCUCCUGAGGGCAUCAAAUCUACAUUGGUAAUAAGGGAAUCUCAGGAGAAACAUUUUGGCAUGUAUAAUUGCAGCGUCACUAAUCCAUAUGGAAGCGACGUUGUUGAAAUUAAUCUCAUGCAACAAAAGAACGUCCCGUCAAUUAUCAUCAUUUUUGGCGUCGCUGCGCUGGUUAUACUCGUCUUUAUUGUGAUUUUGGUCGUUUUCUUGUGCCAGAAACAGAGCAAGAAGAAGCCGCCGCCUGAAACUGAUGCCAAUACUAUAGAAAAGCAAUGUAAAGAAUCUGACAGAAGCUCUAAUAUAUCAGACUUGAAACUGGAUCUCAGGACCGGAUCUUCGAACAGUAAUGUGCAUUGUGAUAUGGAUUAUAUUCCAGGGGCCGAGUCUGAAACAGGAAGUGAGUCUGUUAUAACCCGAAUCGGUGUCCCUUUAGCUGGCCCCGUCAAUGUUUCAGGGCAAGAAAUCUACCGAUACUCCGCCGAUUACACGGAGCCUAGUUUCCCCCCUAAAGACGGCCAAAACAAUAACGGUUACGUGCCAUACGUGGACUACUCUCGCGACUACAACCCCCCGAUGAUGCAACCUCCCAUAUCCUCCUCGUUGGAUCCCGGGAGGGAGAGUCUGCAGUCCACCCGCCUCCAACUCAAUUCGCUGCAGUCGCACCAGAUUCCGGUGUCUGGCCAGAACCUCCCCUUGAACGAUCUGUCCGACAUUCACCUGGUGACGACGCAGAGCAUCCCUAACGGGGGGCUGCCAGGGCUGGGGUCUAUAGAUCCUCGUUUCAGUGCCACUUACGGCAACCCGUAUUUGCGGAACCCCAACGUGGGGCUGCCCACCCCCAACACGGCGAACCCCGCGGCCACCCCCGCGCCGCCGCCCUAUUCGAGGGAUAGCUCUCGGAUAGCUAGUUCUAGUGCUAUGAUGACUGCUAGUGCGAAUGUAGCGAAUACUGUGGUUGCGAACGGUGCUAAUGGGUCGGUGCCCCAAGUGACGAGGCUACCGAACUCCCCUACAAGUCAAUACAUAGUUCCAAAUUCGAAUAUGGCAACGAUUAAGAGAGGUACUAUGGCCACGCACGUAUAAUAGUGCGUUGGGACUUAGCGAUUUCAAGUUGAAUUGCAAAAGAGAAGACUGAAGCCUGUAUCAAUCGAAAAUUUUUAACUAUUUGUUUUUGGUAGGAAUUUUACGCCGAAAUUCAUGUACAUUGUCUAGACAAUUAAAUUAAUUGACCGAAUUAUUGAUUAAAACUUAAUCAGAACGUACAGUUUAUUACUACAAACCUGUUACUCAUGCCAACAUUUUAAAUACAAGUGACGUUUCAAGAACGGAAACAUAUCAUAUUGAUAUCAUUAAGCAAUUGGACGAAUUGAAUGAUGCAAUUUUUACGUGCAAUAUACGAAAAUUGACUAUUUUUUAUUACUUGUAUUUGAAUAGUGAGACAGGUUUUCAUAUUACCUAUAGACUAGUGUACAUAUCAAAGGUCAACAGACGCAGUUUUUAAAAUGUCAAUUUUAAGAAUCCUUCAAAAUUUCUUCGAUUCAAUGUCAUACUACUUCAAAAUUUCGUUGUCUAGAGAAAUAUUUUUACUGUUGAGAAAAAUUUAAACCUGCCGUUGUGAAGAAAAAUAUUUAAUCAUCUAUGCGCUUCCAGAUAAUAUGUAAAACAUGUCUGUGUUCUUUUUUUAUUUCAUUCCAGAUUUUGUUACGUAUUAGGAGAAUUUAUUUUUUUCAUGGUUUUGCUAAAUUUGUGAGUAGCUCAGCUUUUUAUGGCACACUGUUAUAAACUAUUGAAAGAAAUAAAUUUGUUAUGAAUGGAAAUUUUAGAUAAAUAUACCAAAGAUAUUUUUUGUAAAUUAACUUCUAUAACAAAUGUGUAUAUUUUAAAGUGAAUCCAACGACGCAUCCACUUAUUUUAUACCGUACUAUUGCAUUUUGUUUUUAGGUGCAAUUCACUUAUUUCUUGUACUUAAAUGUAUGCAAUUCGUUGCUUUAAUAUUUGCUCAUUAUUUUUAUUUUGUAUUUACCUGUAUAUUUGUAUAUUUUUACGUGUACAUUUUUAAUACCUAUCAAAUUUGAUUACAUAUCAGUUAUGUUAUCUUCCAGUCUAAUUUGCAUGUUUUGUGUAAAUGACAUUUUUUAUCAGUUUGUAGAACGAAUGAGUGAUAUGUUAUAAAGGAUGAUAGAUUUAGCUCAACUUGUACAUAUAGAAUUUUACGACGUUUUCUAUGCUAGAAAACACUGUUACUACUGUGUAUAAAUUUUUUUAAAUCUUAACGAACAGCAAUAUUUAUAAAACUUUGUGAUUGUAAAAUAAAUAUGCCUACUUA